UCACAGCUCUUUCCUGGGGCUACUGCUCGAGAAGGGCUUCCCCCAGCAAUGACCUCCUCACUGCUCCUGGCCUUCCUGUUCCUGCCUCUGGCCACAGUGACCACUCCCAGAGCUGGCAGUCAGUGUCCAGCAUGUGGGGGCCCUACCUUGAACCUGGAGAGCCAACGGGAGCUGCUGCUGGACUUUGCUAAGAGGAGCAUCUUGGACAAGCUGCACCUCAACCAGCGACCAACACUAAGCCGGCCCGUGUCCAAAGCUGCUCUGAGGACGGCACUGCAGAGCCUCCAGAGGCCCCCACAGGGGGUGCUUCCUGAGGCGAACGGGGCCCAGGAAUAUGAGAUCAUCAGCUUUGCUGAGACAGGUGGGUUCCUGGUCUAUAGAUCNNNUCUUGAUUUCCACUUCUCUGAUAGAACUUCUGGUGUCAUGGAGGUCCAGCAGGCCAGCCUCACGUUCUUUGUCCAGCUCCUUCCCAAUGCCACUGGAACGCUGAAGGUGAAAGUCCUUGUGCCAGGUCUACGUAACACCAACCUCAGUUUGGCUUCCCAACACCUGCUGGAGGUGGAUGCCACUGGCUGGUACCAGCUUCUCCUGGGGCCUGAAGCCCAGGCUGCCUGCAGCCAGAGGCACCUGACCCUGGAACUGGUGCCUGAAGGGCAGACAGCUCAGGGCUCGGUUGUCCUGGAUGGGACUGCCCACAGGCCUUUCGUGGCAGCCCGAGUGAGAGUUGGGGGCAAGCACCGGGUUCGGCGGCGGGGCCUUGACUGCCAGGGUGGGUCCAGGAUGUGCUGUCGACAAGAAUUCUUUGUGGAUUUCCGUGAGAUUGGCUGGCACGACUGGAUCAUCCAGCCUGAGGGCUAUGCGAUGAACUUCUGCACCGGGCAGUGCCCGCUGCAUGUGGCAGGCAUGCCUGGCAUUGCUGCCUCCUUUCACACGGCAGUGCUCAAUCUGCUCAAGGCCAACACAGCUGCAGGCACUGCUGGAGGGGGCUCGUGCUGCGUGCCCACGGCCCGACGCCCCCUGUCUCUGCUCUAUUAUGACAGGGACAGUAACAUCGUCAAGACUGACAUACCUGACAUGGUGGUAGAGGCCUGUGGGUGCAGUUAGUCUAUGCUGGCACCACCCAGGCGGGGCAGGGUGGACAAACCUGCCCCGACAGGGAUCCCUUUCCUGGAGACGAAGGUGUGGCCCCAGAAGGUCGAUGCUCUCUUCCUGAGAAACCCAUGAUCCCACCUUUGAGUAAGACGACCUUCAUCUAGGAAGAAUAGCAUCUCCAUAUACACUCGCGUCUCUCCUGGAGCACAGUCCACCCAACAAGCUCACAUGUCCCCCCCACCCCAAGGAUGCUGAUGUACUUCCAGUCUUGAAUGGGGCUGUCUGGUUCUUACAAAGAUGGCCUGAGACCACCCCCAUCAACCGACUCCAUAGCCCACUCUGCCCUGCUCAAGGAUGAAUUGAUCCAGCUGGGUUUUCUGAAUCUCCAGAGAGUCCCUUCCUGGGGCUCACCGAAGAUUAGAUGACUGUUUUUCAAAGUGAGGCUUACGUCACCUCUCCAUGCUCAAUAUGUCUUGAGCCCUCCCCUCUUCCCAGGUGGUCUACCGAUGCUUGUGGGAAACAGAAGGAUUUCUCUCAAGAUGUCUCCCCCAAAUAUAUAUCAGACUUAGCUGCUUGAGAA